UUCAAACACGUGAAACGUCAUAACAAAACGGAGUGGUUUUAACUGUUGUACAUUAUUUUUAAUAACCAUGGCUCUGCUGAAGCAAUACGACGGGUGCCUCUACGUUGCUGUUGGAGACCAAAUUUUAAUACAUAACUACAGUGGGAGCUGUGCUCCAGUGAAGAGUGUUAAGUUACCAGAGAUCAUAAUACCAGAAAACCUGAGCGUGGGCCAAACUGAGGUUCUGAAGAGAGAGGACAAGCAAAUCAUUUCCCUAUCCGUGAACAAAGAGUACAUUUUAGCAACAACUCAGAAUAAACAAGUAGUGCUGUUUGAUGCUAAACUGCAAGUGAUAAAGAAUUUUGUUUUAAAUAGAGCAGCAAGUAAAGUUAGACUUGGCUCCAACAAUGAUAUCCUGAUUGCAGAUAAAACAGGAGAUGCUUUUGUCUGUGAGUUUAACAAGGAUACUCCAGCUUUGGUGCUUGGUCAUUUAAGUAUGCUCUUGGACAUUUUAAUUGAGGACAAAUACAUAAUCACCUGUGACAGAGAUGAGAAGAUCAGAGUUUCCCAUUACCCAAACUGCUACAACAUCUUGAGUUAUUGCUUGGGACACAAGGAGUUUGUUACAAACAUUGAAAUCUUCAAUGGACUCUUGGUGUCUGCAUCUGGUGAUGGCACAGUCAGAUUUUGGGAUUACAAAAGUGGAAGGCAGAUUGGCAUUGUGAACUGCAAUGAUUUUAUCAAAGAUAAAAAUGUAAUUGAGCAGUUCUGUUUGAAAAUGGAUCAAGAUAAUGUUGAGGUCAGGGCUUUGCCAAUAACAGAUAUGCAGGUUCAUGGAAACUAUGUUGCAGUGAGCUUGCUGGGUUUAAAUUACAUUCAAAUCUAUUCAGCUGUUUGGAGUGAGGAUAGUUUGGAUGUGAAACACUUGCAAAAUGUCAAUUUUGAUUCGCAACUUGUUAAUUUUAGUUUAAGGGAUAGAUUGAUAAUUUUAACCAGUGAUAAGUUGCUUUGUUAUGAGUGUAAAGGGGACAAAUAUGAGUUUCAAAGUGAUUUGAAUCAAUUUUAUGAUGACAACAAGGAGCUGAUUACUAAGAGUAGUAAGGAUGAUUUCUCUGUUUAUUAUAAGAGAAAAUUCGAUAAUGUUCAAGAGUACUUGGAACGCAAGAAGUUGCGUUUGGAAGGUGGUCUGAAUAAAUAAAGUUGAUUUAUUUUUUUAAAAGUA